CACAACCGUCCAUGAUCCGACCACCUGCAAGUUUUCUGACACAAACUUUACACUAAUCAGCCACUCGUACAAGCAGCAGCCCGCCUAGAGUAAUACUCUGUCUAUUCGGUUUCUAGCCAAAUAUUCGCCCUGUGUAUGUACUUGCUUGAUGUCUGAACUUUCCUUCGCAGAGUUCUCGCAGUCAUUCUCUCCACCAACCCUCGUGCCGACUUUGAAUGCGCUCCUCGCUGGCCUAUCUCUCCCGUUCGGGCUCACUUCCCCGACGGAUUUGACGCCUUCUUUACUCCUUGCUAUCCUGGAGUCCAUACUCGAGUCCCGCCUCCCUAUCCCAGCUUCGAUACGCGCCUCUCGUUCAUCCCUUGCGAAAGUAGAAGCAAUGAAGGUUUUUCUUGGCGUACUCGAGUGCGACGUCCUCCCAGCAGAAGAGGACGUCGGUCUCGCAGACCUUGAUCCACGCAGAUUGGCGGAUGGAUGUUGGGAAGAAACAGUUUUCGUUGGUGAACUGCUUUGCUGGCUUGGGAGGAAACGAGGCAUCAUCGAAGCAUUGGUUGGUGAUGAUAGCGAGGGCGAGGUAGAUCUUACAGCGUCAAUGCUGUUGCGUCCAGAACCUUCCUACAACGUUGAACUGUCGCAUAUCACAGACGUCCCGCGGCAUCCGCGCGUUGCUUCUCCCUCCACGCGAUCCACUAUCACCAUGAGCGUGCAGAGCGAUCUAUCCAUGCAUAACGCCCCGCAUAUGGAGUCUGACACGAGCAUGGCAGAUUCUGAACUCUCAGACCGUACAGAGACGGAGCUGUUCCACGACACUGGUGUAUCUCACCAACCACAUUGUAUUCACGAGCUCGAGGACCCAUCAUAUCUCCUCGGGCGUGGUGCUUCUUAUGCGUCCAAUGUCGAUGAUUCGAUGGAAGGAUUAGACCUCGAUUGCUCAACCCAAUCGACCUCCUCAGGAGAACAGCCCCCAACUCCCACGCCUCAGCCCAUCCGUCUGAAAGGCUGGAUUGGUGCUGUCGAUUCUGAACUUGAAAUGAAAGCUUUCGCAGCGAACAAGUGUAACUCAAGCACGCCUGUCAAGGCCAGGGGUCGGCGGCGGAGUUCUGGUCUUUUCCCCGUGGCAAGUGGGAAUUCUACCCCUCGCAUGCCUACAACAUCAGUGCGCAUUCCUGCUAGUGCACCUUCGGCACGGACCCGGGUCGACGACUUCUCCGACCUUGGGACAUUCCCCUCCCGCUUGGGGACGCUGUCGUCAUCGGCACACAUGCGGAAGACAGAUUAUUGUUCUCCCACAGAACGCACAGUUGCACUUCUGAACGAGCGCUCGAGACUCCUUAGUGAGCUCGCUGAUCUGCGUAGGAUUAGAAAAGCCGGUCGAUAACGAGCAAGCGGAAAUGCCAUGUUUGUCCAGUGUGUGAAGCAUAUUCUCUAUUCCCUACUUGGUUUAUUACGAUUUCUUAAUCGCUGUGGGUCAAUUUGCGUUACUUAUUCGAGCUUCUUGAUUCAGCUGUCAGUUGUUUUUGUAUAGCUCGCUCAAUAAUUCAAAUAAUACAAUUACUUUAGGUUGUGCACGUUUAGAUGUUUGUUUACUCAUGUUAAAUUCCAGGGCUUACGACACAAACCC